AUUAAACUUCAACUCACACUCCAUAUUUGGAUUUGUCUGCUCCCAGAAAAAUUGCUACUAAAUUUUAGUUUUCGACAAAUUCGUUGUGUUUAUUAAAUAAUUUUACUUGAUUACAAUAGUUAAUAGGUUGCUAAUAAGAAAAUGGAAGACGAGGAAUUGCAAAUGUUAAGAGCCAAACGGAUGGCUGAGCUACAAGGACAGAGAAAUGCCGGUCCUCAAGGAAAUCAAGCUGCAGCAGAAGAACAAAAAGCGAAAGAAGAAGAAUUCAAAAAUCAUAUUUUAAACCAAGUGUUAUCAAAAGAAGCUCGUAGUAGAUUAAGUACUAUAUCUGUUGCUAAACCUGAAAAUGGAAGAAUGCUAGAAAAUAUGAUAAUCAACAUGGCCCGUACUGGCCAAAUCAGAACGCAGCUUGAUGACAAAGAAUUUGUUCAUCUGUUAGAGGAAGUGAAUCGUCAAGUUAAACAAAACACUCCAACAGUGAAGUUUGAUCGACGACGAGCUGCUGUUGACUCUGAUGAUGAUUUUUAAAAUUUUGAGGCCUUGCAGAGGAAAAGUAAAUGUGCUAAGUCCACCAACUGCCACGUAGUGUUUCAUAAAAAGCUGACUUAUUUUAUUCACCUUCUUCAAUCACGAACUGUACAAAUGUAUAUCAUUUACAAUGUGACAUUGUACAAAAUUUUUUCAUUUAAAUCUAUUCAAAACAAUAAGUUUGGUUUUUUCUAACUGCAAAUUAUGCCAACAUAAUUACUGAUUUUUCUAAUUUGUAAAUACAUUAGGUUUAUUUAAUACAAUAUUUAUCAUUACUUAUUGUACAGGAAAUGUAUAAUAAAUUUUUUUACUUGAGUACUUU